UUCCGCAACCUUUUUUUAACACCACUGGAGCUAAGCAGCUCGAUGAUGCUACCUGGUUGCAGUUCAGGAGAAUUAGGGCACGAAAAUUUCUCAAUUCCAAUCUCAUUCCCAUGUAAGCUUCAAACUUCUCUUCCUUUCAGGGUUUCUCUAUUGCUUCCUAGAGAUAAUAUUCACAAUGGUAAUAAUAAAGCUAGGGUUUUUCAAGGGUUUAAUUUACAUGAAAAAAAAUCAAGAAAAUUAAAUGUUAGUUUUCUGAGUUCAGUUCCUCCCCAUUCUGAAACUAAAGAUAAUUUCAGUAAACCCUUAGCUCAAAUUGUUAGGAAGCAAAACCAAAACCCUAAGGUGUUAGAGCAAAAGAGUGUUGUCCCUCCUCGAAGAACAUUUAAUGAUAAAAUUAAUGGAAAAAAGAAGAGAUAUGGUGGUUCUUUGCCUUCUGUUUUACACUCCUUAGAAAAUGAAGAUGAUAUUGAUAAAGCCUUAAGUUUGUGGGUGGGAAAGCUUAGUCCAAAAGAACAGACGGUGAUUCUGAAGGAGCAAAGUAACUGGGAACGGUUACUCGGAGUUUUCCGAUGGAUGAAAUCUCAGAAUGAUUACAUACCUAAUGUUAUUCAUUACAAUGUUGUGCUUCGAGUUUUAGGGAGAGCUAAAAAGUGGGAUGAAUUACGUCUCUGUUGGAUUGAAAUGGCAAGGGAUGGUGUUUUCCCGACUAAUAAUACUUAUGGUAUGCUUAUAGAUGUGUACGCAAAAGCGGGGCUUUUAAAUGAAGCUCUUUUGUGGCUUAAACAUAUGAGACAAAGAAGUGUUUUCCCUGAUGAAGUCACCAUGACAACCGUUGUUCGAGUUCUGAAAGAAGCUGGAAAAUUUGAUAGAGCGGAUAAAAUUUAUAAAGAUUGGUGUGUUGGAAGGGUUGAACUCGAUGACCUUGAUUUGGAGUCUGGUGAUGAUUCUAAACCAGGUUUGGGUCCUAUGAGCCCAAAGCAUUUCUUAUUGACUGAGCUAUUCAAAGCAGGGGGGAGAAUCUCGCCUUCAAAAAUUGUUUCUCCAAUGGAUAUGGAGAAUACGGUGCAGAAACCUCGGCUUGCUGCCACUUAUAAUGGGUUGAUCGAUAUGUAUGGGAAAGCAGGUCGCCUUAAGGAUGCUUCAUAUGCGUUUUCAGAGAUGCUGAAAUCUGGUGUGGCUCCUGAUACAUUCACUUUUAAUACCAUGAUUUUUACUUGCGGAACUCAUGGGCAAUUGUUAGAAGCAGAGACUUUACUUGCUAAGAUGGAGGAAAGGGGAAUCUGUCCAGAUACCAAAACUUAUAACAUUUUCCUAUCAUUGUAUGCCAAUACUGGGAAUAUUGAUGCGGCUCUGGCGUGGUAUAGAAAGAUCAGAGAGGUGGGGCUUUUCCCGGAUACUGUAUCUCACCGAGCUAUUCUUAAGAUAUUAUGUGAGAAGAACAGGAUUACAGAAGUAGAGGCUGUAAUGGAAGAAAUGGAGAAGUUUGGUAUACGUAUCGAUCUGCAAUCUAUUCCUGUUGUUAUGAAGAUGUAUAUUGGUGAAAGAUUACUAGACAAGGCAAAGAUCCUUCUCGAAAAGUGUCAAUUGGCUGGAGGGAUGUCGUCAAGAACUUAUGCUGCAAUUAUUGAUGCAUAUGCAGAUAAAGGGCUUUCAACUGAAGCUGAGGCUAUCUUUUUUCGUAGAAGGAAUUUAGUCACAGAUAAGAAAGAUGUGGUAGAAUAUAAUGUCAUGAUCAAAGCAUACGGGAAAUCGAAGUUGUACGAUAAAGCUCUUUCACUCUUUCAAAGCAUGAGAAGCAACGGGACUUGGCCAGACGAGUGCACUUAUAAUUCUCUUAUCCAAAUGCUUUCGGGUGCUGAUCAAGUGGCUCCUGCAAGAGAUCUUUUGGUUGAAAUGCAAGAAGUUGGAUUUAAACCACGCUGUGAAACUUUCUCUGCUGUUAUUGCUAGCAAUAUCCGGUUAGGUCGGGCUUCUGAUGCAGUUGAUAUGUAUAGAGAAAUGACAAAAGCAAGGGUUGAACCAAAUGAGGUUGUAUUCGGGUCUUUAAUAAAUGGUUUUGCAGAAGAUGGCAAGGUAGAAGAAGCUCUCCAUUAUUUCCACAUUAUGGAGAAACUCGGGAUUUCCCCCAAUCAGAUAGUCUUGACCUCUCUAAUCAAGGCUUAUGGUAAACUAGGUUCUAUGGAGGGAGCAAAGGAGAUUUAUGGGAAGAUGAAGGAUCUGGAAGGUGGUCCUGAUAUUGUGGCGUCUAACAGUAUGAUUAGUCUUUAUGCAGAACUUGGGAUGGUUUCUGAAGCAAAGUUGAUUUUUGAUAAAUUAAGAGAAAAUGGACGAGCUGAUGGGGUUUCAUUUGCCACAAUGAUGUAUCUCUACAAGAACAUGGGAAUGCUCGAUGAAGCGAUUGAUGUUGCUCAGGAAAUGCAAGAGUCGGGUUUGUUAAGGGACUGUGCUUCAUUUAAUUCAGUAAUGGCAUCCUACGCCACAAAUGGACAGUUAAGGGAGUGCGGUGAACUGUUGAACCAGAUGGUAACACGUAAAAUCUUGCCCAGUUUUGGUACCUUCAAAGUAAUGCUAACUGUGUUAAAGAAAGCGGAUUUUCCUGUAGAGGCUGUCACACAGUUAGAUUCUUGUUACAGGGAGGGAAAACCUUACGCAAGACAGGCCAUAAUCACCUCUGUGUUUUCGGUUCUGGGUAUGCAUGAUUAUGCAUUACAAGCUUGCGAGGUUUUGACACAAGCUGAAGUUGGCCUUGAUUCCCACGCUUACAAUGUUGCAAUUUAUGCAUACGGGACUUGUGGGGAAGUUGUUAAAGCUUUAAAUCUUUUCAUGAAAAUGCAAGAUGAAGGGUUGGAACCGGACCUAGUAACUUGUAUCAAUUUGUUAUGUUGUUAUGGAAAAGCUGGAAUGGUGGAAGGUGUGAAGCGGAUCCACAGCCAAUUGAAAUACGGGGAGAUUGAGCCAAACGAAUCUCUUUUCGAAGCUGUUAUAGAUGCUUAUAGAAUUGUCAAAAGGAAUGAUUUGGCUGAAUUGGUUAGACAAGAAAUGAAGUUCGCUUUUGAGGCGCAAGGGCAAUCAGAUUUUGAAAGUGACGAAUACUCUGAAGACAUAGACAAUUGGAGUGAAGAUGAAUAAAAAGAAAUUUAAGUGUUGAAAUUAUAAGGAACUAGGCACCCAAGUAAUUUGUUAAAUGACAGCGGGAAGGCACCAAAAAGACCUGAAGGCAAUUAGUAUACAUGUCUCCACCCCUCAUUUGGAGCCACGGUAUUUGCGUGGUAAUUUCGGCUGCUUAUGGUAUACAAUUGUGCCGCAUCUGUGAAUGCUGAUGUAUCUUUUUAUGUAAAGCACAAGAUGUUCAAAUGUACGCUAUUUUUCUGUCAUAUUUACUGAGCAGGAUUAUAUGAAAGUUUAGCACAAUAUUACUGUAACAUGAUUCUGAUACCAAGAGAAGAAGAAAAAUUAAAAUA